AGCUGCGGGAUGGAAGUUUCCCGCUGCAAACAGAGACGGGACAAAGCCGAUGCUCAACAAAUCCCGCGGCUGCUGGACGAUGCGUUUGACACGACAAAAGGACAGCACCAUCACCACAAGCACCACCAGCAACUCACUUUGUGCGUCUUUAAGUUAAGCCAAAAUGCAGAUGUUAGUGUUGGUGUGGACGUUGGUGCUGGUUGGCCCGAGGGCAUCCCGGGCCGCAGAGUGUCCGGCGAGGUGCGACGUGAGCGCCUGCCCGAGCCCCAGCUGCCCUGACGGCUAUGUGCCGGACCGCUGCAACUGCUGCUUGGUGUGCGCCGCGGCCGAGGGCGAGCCGUGCGGCGGCCGGGUCGGCCCGGCCUGCGGGGACGGCCUGGAGUGCCGACGUCCAGACGCCGGGGUCUGGCUGUCCCUCUCGACACGGGGUUUAUGCCGCUGCAAGCUGAGUCGGGAGGUGUGCGGCAGCGACGGGAAGACAUACGGCAAUUUGUGCCAGUUGAAGGCUGCCGGCAGGAGGGCAAGACAGCGGGGCCUCCAGCCCAUCAGCCAGGCUCCGCCUGGAGCAUGUCACACGAGUGCAGGUACUCCCGUUACGGUCAGAACAGCAAGCGCUACCAGUCCUCGAUACAAGUUCAACUUCAUUGCUGACGUGGUGGAGAAGAUUGCCCCGGCUGUGGUCCACAUAGAACUUUUCCUCAGGCAUCCCCUCUUCGGCCGCAAUAUCCCCCUGUCGAGCGGCUCCGGCUUUGUCAUUUCUCAGCACGGGCUGAUUGUGACUAACGCUCACGUGGUCUCCAGCAACUCGCCUGUGUCGGCUCGUCAGCAUCUGAAGGUCCAGAUGCAUAACGGCGACGUUUAUGAUGCCAGCAUCAGAGACAUCGACAAGAAGUUAGACAUUGCCACCAUCAAAAUUAACCCUCAGAGCGAGCUCCCCGUCCUGCUUCUGGGUCACAGUGCCGACUUGAGGGCCGGAGAGUUUGUGGUGGCCAUCGGCAGCCCCUUCGCACUCCAGAACACGGUCACCACCGGCAUCGUCAGUACGGCCCAGAGGGACGGCAAGGAGCUGGGCCUGAGGGACUCGGACAUGGACUACGUCCAGACGGACGCCAUCAUCAACUUUGGCAAUUCGGGAGGGCCUCUGGUCAAUUUGGACGGCGAGGUGAUCGGCAUCAAUACCCUGAAGGUCGCUGCGGGAAUCUCCUUCGCCAUCCCUUCAGACAGGAUCACUCGCUUUCUCAACGACUCCCUGGACAAGCACGGUAAAGGUGAGACAUCAAACGCGCCUCUUCCCCCUCGUCCGUCUCCUUCAGACGUCAGGCCGAUCAAGAAGCGCUUCAUCGGCAUCAGGAUGCUCACGAUCACGCCAGCGCUCGUCGAGGAAUUACGACAGCAGAGGCCGGACUUCCCCGACGUUCCUGGCGGCGGCAUCUACGUCCACGAGGUGGUUCCCCACUCCCCCGCGCAGAAAGGCGGCAUCAGAGACGGCGACAUCAUCGUGAAACUGAACGGUCGGCCUGUGGUGAGCACGGCUCAGCUGCAGAGGGCGCUGCGGGAGGAGACGGCCCUCCUGCUGGAAGUCAGGAGGGACAAUGACGAUCUGCUCUUCAACAUUGAACCGGAUGUCAUCGUGCAAUAUACCACAGAGCAGCUUGAAGGUGACGAGGGAGCCUCUUCCUAGUUCGGACGGCGUUGAGGAAAAAAGUCAGCCCAUCCAUCUUCAGAGAGUGAUGUGGAGAGACGGACGUCCCUGCACGUGCUCAGUGCGGCUCGUUCGGAUUCCCGGCAUCACAUUUGAAAGUUGACAUGCUAACAAAAUAACAAACCUCUGUAAUAUCCCCAAAAUGCACGUUGUUCAUUUGACGAAAACCACUCAAGUAGACGUUGGGGUGCGGGCAGUGUGAUACGUCCUUGAUUUGAAGCGGCAGUUCAAGUGUCAAUAAAUCCAUUGGCUCUUAGCCCUUACCUUC